UUUUUUCAUUUUUCUAGCAGACCCCAGACCAUUUCCAUUUUACACCCUGCCCCCAUCAUCCCCCCCUCUCCCUCUCUCUUUCUGUAGAGAGAGUUUUGAUUUUCAAUUUGGACCGUGGACACGCCCACACCCACAUCCCUCUCGUGCAAAAAAUUCUGGUUAGUCACAACAUUCAUAUCUCACUCCCCCUAGGGCUUGGUAUAUAAUAGUGAGAUAGGAAAAAAAAAUAAAAAAAAAUACAGCGACAACCCACAAUUCAAUUUCACCUCUAUGCCAACUACAAUGGAUCAAAAAAGGUGAUCUUUCAGUUGCUAAGGUGAGAGUGGGAUGUAAUGGGUGAUAAUAUAGACAAUAUAUGGCAUUACAUAUUUUAGAGCGCAAUUAUGGAAGUGUUUCCUUGUUCCGGCUUGCAUUAUGUUGAGGAAUCAGAUUGCCCUCAACAGGGUUCAGGAACAACUAUUAUUUUUGGCGGGGAAUCGAACUGUCUUGAACACGGAGAAGAAGUUCAAGUGGCAGAUGUUAAAGUGAGCGAUUUGGUGCAUAUUCAAAAUUUUUCUUGUGAUGCUCAUGAUUCUGAGGAUGGGAACUUGAAUGGACAGGAUUUUUGCACAGAGUCUUGCCUGGCCUCUGAGACUGACCAUUUACUUGUAGAUACUAUUGAAAGCAGGGUGUUGAGUAACAAAGAGGGAGAGUCUUCUCUUUCAGAAUCCAAGUGGUUAGAACAUGAUGAAUCUUUGGCUGUUUGGGUCAAGUGGAGAGGGAAGUGGCAAGCAGCAAUCAAAUGCGCAAGGGCAGACUGGCCAUUGUCGACAGUGAAAGCAAAACCAACUCAUGACAGGAAAAAGUAUCUUGUGAUAUUUUUUCCACGCAAAAGAAAUUACUCUUGGGCAGAUGUGCUACUUGUCCGUCCAAUUAAUGAAUUUCCAGAGCCCAUUGCAUAUAGGACACACAAAGUUGGAAUGAAAAUGGUGAAAGAUUUGACUCUUGCCCACCGGUUUAUCAUGCAAAAGCUGGCUGUUAGCAUGCUAAAUAUUAUUGACCAAUUACAUACCAAGGCUCUGACAGAGACUGCUCGCAGCGUGAUGGUUUGGAAGGAAUUUGCAAUGGAGGCUUCUCGCUGCAAGGGUUAUUCUGAUCUUGGAAGGAUGCUUCUGAAACUUCAGAAUAUGAUACUACAGUGCUGUUUGAAUUCUGAUUGGCUACAGCAUUCUUUCCACUCUUGGGUACAGCAAUGCCAGAAUGCACAUAAUGCAGACUCCAUAGAAAUGCUGAGAGAGGAAUUAGUUGAUUCCAUUCUGUGGAACGAAGUCAACGUACUCUCAGAUGUAGAAAUGCAGCCUGAGUUGGUUUCUGAGUGUAAGAACUGGAAGCAUGAAGUUAUGAAAUGGUUUUCAACAUCGCAUCCCCUACCUAGUGGUGGAGACAUGGAGCAGCAGCCUAAUGAUAGUUCUUUGCCCACGGGGCUUCAGAUUAGCAGGAAGAGACCCAAGCUUGAAGUUCGUCGUGCUGAGUCACAUGCUUUUCAAGUUGAUACCCAGGGCUCACAUCAGGCUAUAGCUGUUGAAAUUGAUGCUGGGUUUUUUGAUGGCCGAGGUAUUGGAAAUACCAGUGCACUAGAAUCCAAGCCCCCUAGAGAGGAAAUUCAUCCAGAGGAUACUGAUGGAUGGGGUGAGAUUGUAGUUGAAGCCGGAAAUUCAGAAGUCAUUCAGACCAAAGAUGUGGAAAGGACACCUAUGAAUGGAGGUCUAGCUAGCAAAUCCUUGGAUCCUGGUAAUAAAAAUCGCCAGUGCAUAGCUUUUAUUGAAGCUAAGGGAAGGCAGUGUGUGAGGUGGGCAAAUGAUGGUGAUGUUUACUGUUGUGUGCAUUUGGCUUCUCGUUUUAUUGACAAUGCUGUAGAAGCAGCGGCAACUCCUGUUGAUGCACCGAUGUGUGAAGGUACAACCACUCGUGGUACUAAGUGCAAGCAUCGGUCUCUAUAUGGUUCUUCUUUCUGUAAGAAACAUAGACCCCGUGAUCAUACGAACAUGACCUUAAGUUCGCCUGGUAGUAAGUUUAAGAGAAAGCAUGAUGAGAUUGUAGAUAGAUUAGAGGCCACAAAUUGCAAAGAAAUUGUAUUGGUGGGACAAGUUGAUACACCUCUCCAAGUCGAUCCAAUCUCAGUUAUGGGUAGAGUAGACUCCAAUGAAAAGAGCUUAAUUGAGGUGCUGCACUGCAUAGGAUCAUGUCCCCAGGAUGGAAGCGAUCCUUGUCUGGAAAGUCCAAAGAAGUAUUCUUUAUAUUGUGAAAAACACCUACCAAGCUGGCUUAAACGGGCAAGGAAUGGGAAGAGCAGGAUAAUUUCAAAGGAAGUAUUUAUAGAGCUUUUGAAGGAUUGUUGCUGUCAGGAGCAAAAAUUGCACUUGCAUCAAGCAUGUGAGCUGUUCAACAGGCUCUUUAAAAGUAUUUUAUCCCUGAGAAACCCAGUUCCUAAGGAAAUCCAAUUUCAGUGGGUGAUCUCUGAAGCUUCGAAAGAUGUUAAUGCCGGGGAAUUCUUGAUGAAGUUGGUUUGCAGUGAAAUAGAGAGACUCAGGAGUCUUUGGGGUUUUAGUCCUGACAAAGAUACUCAAGAUUCCUCCCAUGUUAAAGAAUUAGUUCAAAUUCCGGUGGCUACUGAUAGUGAGCACGACAGACAAAAUACCAUCAAGUGCAAAAUUUGCUCAGAAAAGUUUCUUGAUGACCAAGUGCUUGGCACACACUGGAUGGAUAAUCAUAAAAAGGAGGCAAAAUGGUUGUUUAGAGGGUAUGCUUGUGCCAUCUGCCUGGAUUCUUUCACUAACAAGAAGGUUCUGGAAGCACAUGUGCAGGAGAGACACCACGUGCAAUUCGUUGAACAAUGCAUGCUUUUGCAAUGUAUUCCUUGUGGUGGCCAUUUUGGGAAUCCCGAGCAGUUAUGGGGGCACGUGCUUUCGGUUCAUCCUGCAAAUUUUAGGCUGUCAGAAGGUCCUCAACAGCAUGAUUUGUCUGUGGGUAAAGAUCCUAUGCAGAAACCUCAGCUGGCCAAUUUAGCUUCUGUAGAUAAUAAUCACUCCGAGAAUCAAGGUGGUUUCCGAAAAUUCAUUUGCCGGUUUUGUGGGUUGAAGUUUGAUUUGCUACCUGAUCUAGGCCGUCACCAUCAAGCUGCUCAUAUGGGUCCAAGUUUUGUAGGUCCACGCCCUUCGAAGAGGGGUAUCCAUUUUUAUUCGUAUAGAUUAAAAUCAGGGAGACUAACCCGCCCUAGAUUUAGAAAAAGUCUGGGGUCAGCAUCAUUUCGGAUUCGGAACAGGGGUGGUACAAGUGUGAAGAAACUCAUCCAGGCAUCAAAUUCAGUUGGCUCUGAGGAAAUGAAAGUACAAUCUCAUGUAACUGAGGCAUCAAGUCUUGGAAGAUUAGCAGAAUCUCAAUGCUCAGCUAUUGCAAAGAUAUUGUUUUCUGAGAUUCAGAAAACAAAACUACAUCCCAGUAACCUUGACAUUUUAUAUAUUGCUCGCUCUUCAUGUUGCAAAGUAGGCCUCGAAGCCUCGUUGGAGAAGACAUAUGGACUAUUGCCAGAACGUUUGUAUCUUAAGGCAGCCAAACUUUGUAGUGAGCAUAAUAUUCUGGUGGACUGGCAUAGAGAGGGGUUUAUUUGUCCCAAAGGAUGUGAAUCAAUAAAAGAUCCACAUCUGGUGUCUUUCUUGAUGCCUCUCUCAGAGGAUGUAGCGGGAUUGAGAUCGGCACUUCCAACUGAUCCUGUGAAUAAUGAGUGGGAAAUGGAUGAGUGCCACCAUGUCAUUGAUUCCCGGCAUUUUAAACAGAAUUCUAUGCAGAAAACCUUUAUCUUGUGUGACGACAUAAGCUUUGGGCACGAAACAGUUCCAAUAAUGUGUGUAGUGGAUGAAAAUCUUUUGGAUUCCCUUCCCAUUGUUCAAGACAGAUCUGAUGGCCAAAUAACUGCAGACUCUAUGCCUUGGGAGAGCUUUACAUAUGCCAGGAAACCGUUGUUUGAUCGAUCCCUUUCUCUUGAAGCAGAGAGUUUGCAGUUGGGUUGUGGUUGCACACAUUCAACAUGCUCUCCUGAAACCUGCGAUCAUGUAUACCUUUUCGAUAAUGAUUACGAGGAUGCAAAAGAUAUAUAUGGCAAGCCCAUGCAUGGCAGAUUUCCAUACGAUGCGAAAGGCCGGAUCAUUUUGAAGGAGGGUUACUUGGUCUAUGAGUGCAAUCACAUCUGCAGCUGCAGUAGAUCCUGUCAGAAUAGGGUUUUGCAGAAUGGUGUACAAGUUAAAUUAGAAGUCUUCAAAACUGAGAAUAAGGGUUGGGCAGUCAGAGCAAGAGAAGAAAUCCUGUGUGGUACAUUUGUAUGCGAGUACGUCGGGGAGGUGAUAGAUGAGCAGGAAGCAAACAAGAGGCGUAUUAGGUAUGGACAAGAAGGUUGGGGAUAUUUCUAUGUCAUUGAUUCUCACAUUAAUGACAUGAGCAGAUUGAUUGAAGGGCAGCUCCCAUAUAUAAUUGACGCUACGAGUUAUGGAAAUGUUUCACGGUAUAUCAACCACAGUUGUGCACCAAAUCUUGUGAAUCAUCAAGUCCUUGUGGAAAGCAUGGAUUGUCAGCUUGCACACAUUGGUCUGUAUGCAAAUCGAGAUAUAGCUGCGGGGGAAGAGCUGACAUAUGAUUACCAAUACAAGCUACUGCCUGGAGAAGGAUGCCCGUGCUAUUGUGAAGCUCCGAAUUGCAGGGGCCGCCUUUACUGAAUAAACAACAAAGGAAGAUUAUGAGAUGGGAUACAUUUUUUUUUUUCCUUUCAGAAAAAGGUUCAAAAAGAACUUUGUGGUCGUCUUGAAGCCAUCAACAGUUGUUCACAUCUCAUGCUCUUCAGUAAGCGGUCACAAUUUGUUCGAAGCCAGCAGAGUUUAUUUGAGGCACCAUAGCUCUUUAGGCUCCAGAACUUUUACCUGUGCUGUAAGUGUAUAUAUGGCUUUGCUUUUUCAGUAGAUUGUACCAAUACCUUAUAGUUUAUACAUCAUGCUUCAAGAGAAUGAGGAUUAAGCCUUGUUCUGUUUGUUGUUUGCUUAGGUUUUUUACUUGCUGGAGUUGAAAGUUGGCCGAGUUUAGGAAAUCGCAGUUGGGUUUAUGCCAUAAAUGGCAGUGUUGAAGAUAAUUUUAUUUCAUAAUGCCAGUAGCUUUUGCCCAUUUUGUUUUUGUUUA